GGUGGCCGGCAGCAUGCGCGGCCGCCGGCACGCGGAGUGAUGCAGCUGCCACCCGCGCUGCACUCCCGUCUGUUGGGGGCACCCGGGGCGGCCGAGCCGCUGCCUGUGGAGCGGGACCCCGCGGCCGGGGCCCCGCCCUUCCACUUCGCGGCGCGGCGGGUGCGCUUCCCGCGGGACCACGAGUUCUUCGAGGACGGGGAUGUGCAGCGACACCUCUACCUCCAGGACGUGCUCACGCAGGUGACAGGGUCGCCCGAGAGGCCCAGGGUGCCCGAGUUCACCUGCCAGGUGGCGGGGUGCUGCCAGGUGUUCGACUCGCUGGAGAACUACGAGCACCACUACCACACCCUGCACAGAAACGUCUGCUCCUUCUGCGGACGGGCCUUCCCGUCCGUCCACCUGCUGGACGUCCACAUUCUGGAGUGGCACGACUCGCUCUUCCAGAUCCUGUCGGAAAGGCAGGACAUGUACCAGUGCCUGGUGGAGGGCUGUGCGGAGAGGUUCAGGAGCGGCAGAGACAGAAAGGAGCACCUGGUGCGGCGGCACCUGUACCCGGCGGACUUCCGGUUCGAUAAACCGAAGAGGAGCAGAGGGUGCGCGAGGCGGGGCGCGCGGCGGGCCCCGGAGUUGGACAAGCCUUGCGGGCGUGGAGACGCCGCGGGUGCGGGCGCUGGUGCGGCUGCGGGCGCGGCGCGCCGGCCAAGCCUCUGCCUCGCGUCCGGCGCAGCUGCGGAUGCGGAGACGCUGACGUGGGGCUGUGGGUCUGGAGGGCUUCAGCCCGCCGGGGAAGGUUUUGCUGCCCUGCUGGGAGGGUCUGGGGUCUCCGCGGUGUCUGCUCCUGGCCGGUUCUCUGUGCUCCCGCUGCAGCUGUUCCUGCCCCUCCUCCCCUCCCGCGCACCAGCCCCAGCGCUGGUGCUGACGGCCCCUGGGAGUCUGUCCCAGGCUGCGAGGCCCCCUCACACCCACCCUGACUUUCUUUGUCUGGUGGGUGACUUGACCGCAAAGCGCUUUGCCCCUCCUGCUGGCGCGCGCACCCGGGGAAUGGAUCCGUGUUGCUUCGCUGCCUCUUUCUAGUGAUGCUCUGAGUGGUGCUUCAGAGCCGCUGGGACGGGGUAGCUUGAGGUUUUCUCAGAGCAGUUUCUCUCCGCGGGACUUUGCUCUGUAAAGUAACGGGAUUCUGAGAGGCAGGGCAACGUGGAGCAGGCCUCGGAGGUGCGGUAGCUCCCCUUUUGGAGGGAUCAUGUCAAGGAGAAAAGCCCCACAGUGCUGCAUCCAGUAGGGUCAGGGAGGAGAUGCUCUGUGCCCUGGAGUUAAGGUCAGUAGAUUUCUCACGCGAGGGUGUGAGAGGACCUUCACUUGGAGGGCAGGCACCACGGGGCACCCCAGAGCUUCUGUUUCCAGAAGAGUAAGUGCAGCUGCCCCUGAGCUUAUACACGUGGGAGCAGUUAUAUACGCGUUCGUUUCGGGCUCUGUCGCCAUCCUCGUCUGUCUCAGCGGUCGGAGAAUCACGCCACAUCAGGAUAGCUAGAAACUAUUUCUGCGAGAAAAAGGAGCACUUUGGUGGGGAGGGGGCCCGUGAGGGAAGACAAGGCCACAGGGGCCGCCCCUCACGUCGCUGUCUCCACAGCCCAGCCAUGCCCGGGGCCGCCAUCCAGGAGUCGGCAGAAGCUCUGGGGGAGGGCGAGGAGCAGUCAG